UACUGCGUAAACCGGAAGUGCAGCUUCACCUCUGCUGACUUGAUAGCAGGAUAAAACUUCAGAAGAAGUUGUAACGGGCCGGAGGUAAACUCUUGAUAUCAGUCACAGCGGCGAGAAGUAAUACCGACAACUCGCAUUAGAAACACGACGAAGAGUUGACAUUACUACAACAUUACUUUUUUUUUUUACGCUGAAAAGCUUUUGGAAAAGCUGGACCGACUAAUGUGACCUAGAUUAGAUUUCCUUCGUGCGGGUGAAUCCAGGUGAAGUCAGGUCGUAUUAGUGAGCUAUCGAGUGUUAAUCCGCUGGCAAAAGUAAUCCACAGGUGUUAAUCUGUUCACACUUAAAAGAACUGUUGGAAAGAGUCCAGCAGGCAAAGGAGGAGGAGUGUCCUAGCGUUAUUCCCACUGUCGUCGUGGUAGGUAAAACUCAAACAUUUCGUAAUUAGACCAUCAUGUGAAAAACCAGGUGGCAAUCAGGAGACGUAGGCUACUCCGUGAAGUAUGAGAAGAGUAAAAGUCAUCAAACGGAAACGUGAGCAGGCUUGUGAAACCGGAAGGGUCAUUUCUUCAGCGUGAGGUUUCAACAGAGUGCAACCUUGGCUUUGAAACCUUAACCCUUUUUUUUUUUUUUCUUCUUCUUCUUCUUCUGCCGAGGAGGGAAAGCGACACGAUGGCAAUUUGUGGUAGAAGGAGCCAGCCCAAGCUCGUGUAUUUCAUCUUUGGAGUGACUUUAGUGGGAUACCUCAUACUCUCCAAACACAGCUCCGGGGACGUGAGCGUCACACAUGAACGGGAGGCCCCCACAGAAAGAGAGGCGGGAGAUGAUGAGCUCAAGAAACCCGUCUACCAGAAGCCUCCCCUGGAUUCAAACAGCCUGGGGGAGCUGGGGAGAGCCGUCAAACUCAAUCUGAAAGGAGAGGCGAAAAAAGAAGAGGAGGAAAGCAUCAGCAAGCAUCAGAUUAACAUUUAUGUUAGUGAUAAACUCUCACUGCACCGCAGGCUGCCUGAAAUAUGGAACCCACUCUGCAAGGAUCUGAAGUAUGACUACCGCUCUCUGCCGACAACCUCUGUGGUCAUCACCUUCUACAACGAGGCCUGGUCCACCCUGCUGAGGACAGUCCAUAGCGUGCUGGAGAUGUCGCCUGACAUCCUGCUGAAGGAGGUGGUGCUGGUGGACGACUAUAGCGACAGAGCUCAUCUAAAGGAGCCGUUGGAACGGUACCUCUCAGGUCUGAAAAAGGUGCGUCUCAUCCGAGCAACCAAGAGGGAGGGGUUGGUGCGGGCCCGGUUGCUCGGGGCUUCUAUUACUGAGGGUGACGUGCUGACCUUCCUGGACUGUCACUGCGAAUGUCAUGAAGGCUGGUUAGAGCCGCUGCUCCACAGGAUCAAAGAGGAUCCAUCGGCUGUGGUGUGUCCUGUCAUUGAUGUGAUCCACUGGAACACCUUUGAGUACUUAGGGAACUCUGGUGAACCUCAGAUCGGGGGAUUUGAUUGGCGGUUGGUCUUUACCUGGCACACUGUGCCCGAGAAUGAACAGAAACGCCGUCGUUCCCCUGUUGAUGUCAUCAGGUCUCCUACUAUGGCAGGUGGCCUGUUUGCUAUAAAAAAAAAUUACUUCCAUUACCUGGGGACCUACGACACAGGGAUGGAGGUGUGGGGAGGAGAAAACCUGGAAUUUUCCUUCAGGAUUUGGCAGUGUGGAGGCAGCUUGGAGGUCCACCCGUGCUCCCAUGUGGGUCAUGUGUUCCCUAAAAAGGCCCCUUACUCCAGAAGCAAAGCUCUGGCAAACAGUGUGAGAGCUGCAGAGGUCUGGAUGGAUGAAUACAAAGAGCUCUACUACCAUCGGAACACCCAUGCACGACUGGAGACCUUUGGAGACGUGACCGAGCGGUUGAAGCUCAAGGAGAGGCUCGGCUGUAAGAGCUUCAAGUGGUAUCUAGAAAAUAUUUAUCCCGAUAUUAACGUCCCAGAGGAUCGCCCCGGCAUGUAUGGCAUGCUGAAGAGUCAAGGCAUGGCAGACUACUGUUUCGACUAUAACCAUGAUGAAGACAAGGAAACGUUUGGCGGGAGGGUCACCCUUUACUUGUGUCAUGGCAUGGGUCAGAACCAGUUCUUUGAAUACUCUGAGACGGAUGGUGAGCUUCACUUCAACACAAUCGAGCCUGGUGGGUGCGUUGUGGGAGACAACGUUAGCGCCUACCUGACGAUGCAGCUUUGUAAAAAAAAGGGGAAACCUGUACCUGUAGACCACAAAUUUGUCCUCCGACCGGACGGAGUUCUUUACCAUGUAGCGAGCCAAAAGUGUGUCCAGGCAGUGGAAAACAAAAAGGAGGAGAAACGAUUCCCUUCGCUCCUGCCCUGCUCUGACAGUCCUUACCAAAAGUGGGUCUUUGAGCAUAGAUCAUAUCGGGAGUAAUGCAGAAAACAUACACAGAUAUAUUUUUCAUUCCGGGUCAAUAUCCUGAGGAGGAAUUUAGGGGAUUGAAUAUCUACUUUUUUUUUUUUUUCUUUUUUACUUUUUCUAAAAGGAGGAGGGAACUUCUGUUUUCCAUCCCAAACCUAAAACUUUUGCAUAAUUUUUGCCAGCUGGAUGAAAUGGAACAAAAGUAAAUUAUACUGUUUAUUGUACUGAUGACGUACUUUGUAAAGGGGGAUAUUGUUUUUCUCUUGGAAGCUGUUGCUGGGUGACAGGAAUGUGUAUACUUUUUCUAAUCAAGACGUUGAUGAAUUUCCGUGUGAAGUUGCAAAAUUGUACUUUCUAAUAUUUUUUUUUCAUGUUUUUCAUGUACCUUCACACUGGUGCAACCUUUCAGAAUAAGAGCCCUUCACCUGGAGGGAUACUGAAACACAGGUGUAUCUUUGCAUUCAGUGGCUGACAUCAGUUAUUAAAAGAGCCACGUUGUGUUUGCAUGCUCUCCUCUAGAGGGGGCUAACGUUCCUUUCAGCAGGCGUUCUCUCUUUGUCAAGAGAACGUGGGACAAAUCUUUAGGUGUUUUGAAAAGAAUAUUUCAGCAGUGUUUGCUCUUCUUACGCACAGUGACUUAUAAGAAAGCCUUAGAUCACAGGCAUUAUGCAAGUACCUAGUACCUCUAAAACCUAAUCACAGAACUACUGAUAACAGCAGCAACUCCAGUCUUGUUUCAUUCCCCCUCGAUUGAAGUCAUAUUUCAGUGUAAAUGUGACCGAGGUAAAAUGACAUUGGACAUUCUGCAAGUUUUGCACCACUUUUUGUAACAUUUUUUUCCUUCUUAUGCUCUUUGAAUGAUGUGAUCAUAGCCAUCUUUUAGGGAUUCAAUUCAUAGGAUGUCAAAUAUGGAUAUGAUGCUUUUUCUUUAUUAUACAACAUUUUUUCUCCAAUGGAGGCAGAUCUCAUCUUUAGUCUUUAUUUUGGACGUAGUCACUUGAUAAAAGUUAUUUGCAAAAGCUUACACACAAAAUAUGUAAAAGUAAGAUCUACAGUUUUACCCAUCUUUCUUGUCCUUGAAAGCCAUGGAAAGUGCCUGAUUUACAAAAACAAAACGUCUCCCGUUUUGUGCUGAAUGUAUACUUUGGCAAACAAAGCGACUGAAAGAGAGCUGAAUUAGAUUUGUGUCAAAGCAUCUGCACACUUAUAUUAUGCAUGCUCCCCUGCUGAGAGCAACAACCAAGGUGUUCCCUGGAGUGUUCGUAUAUUGCUCUGGUGGGCUGAUUUGGGCACACUGUCUCUGUUUGCAUCCAUCAGUCAGACAACUAUAGAUACCUCUGUUCCGAGCUGUGGUCACUUGUGGCUGUCCCUCAGGCUAUGCAGAGUUGCCGAGGGAAACACAGCGGAGGCGGCGACAGUUGUUGGUGUCUCCAGAGUGCCGGGAUGCCAGAUGGCUCUCUGAUUGAUUUUCUGGUCCUCUCCCAAUUCUUUAUCAGCACCUCUUCCUCUCUGGUGUCAGAGGUGUGCAGAGAAGGACUUAUCUUUUUGGACUUGUGCCGGCCAAAUCCUUCUCACAUGAGCACUCGUGGGCUUGAGGUUUGAUUUAUGGAUUGAAGUCUACAGGAGUACAGUUUUUGACAGCAGAAGGAGAUACUGGAGGAGACUGAAUGAAGCAAUUUGUGACCUCUUUCUUACCAUUAACCUUCACAGGCUGUUGGCUCAUCGGCCCCAGAGGAGCUCUGUUAGGAAUUGAUGUCCGCAGAAGAUCGUACUGAUAUAGAUUUUUUGCUAUUGAUUUAGUAUGUACACUCACAAUAAGAUGAAUGGGAGGUGGAAAGAGACAAUUUUUCCAGCCCCAUAGCUGUGACUCGGUGGAAUUUGGAUCACUAAAUUUGCCAAUUACAACAAAAAGUAAAGUAUAGUGUAAAGGUGAUGUUGCAGCUACAUAAUGACAUCUGUUCACAUGAAAUCACGUGGAACAAAACAUACAGGACAGUACAAUGUGCUUUAUUUGCCACCCAUAGCAUUUGAAAAUAGCAUCAUGCAGUAGCUGCACUGUUUAUCCUCACCUGAAGGGCUAAAAUAAGAUCAAAACUUUUAAAUAUGGCCUUCAUUUGGAGCUUUAAAAUUCCAGCAGUCUGUGAAGAAUUCUGGUUCUUGAUUGUGCAAACCAAAGGAAGAGCGGAUCUUUGGGGAUUGAAAGAUUGUUUCAGGGGAUAGAGCCAAAAGGGUUAAUAGUGUACUUAGUGAACAGUUUCUUGCUCUUGGUCUUGAUAGACUAUAGUUGCUUCUAGAUUUCCAUGUUCCCUGGCAAACUGCCCUGUCCUGUCAGAAUUUAAGACCAUGAAAAAGCUGCUUCAAGAUAUCCGAUACUUAAAAAGAAGUGACAGCUUUAAAUCUUUCCAUCAGUUUAUGUCUUUAGCCUUUCGGGGGUAGUGUAAGUUUUCCAAUCUGUUAUUAUAAAGGGUAAUUCAUUGUCCCUAUUGCCAUUUGUUAUUCAAGACAUGUCUAGAACACCAUCUUUAUGCUGGCAGUAUAUUGUAUGCUAAUGUGAUAUGGAAUCUGCAGCUGUAGUAAAAUUGAUAGCCAGGGAUCAUAUCUGUCUAGCAGGUCAUUAAAGGGUUUUUAUGUCAACCAUCCUGAGCUGUAAACUUGUAAUACUCCAAGGAUCUGUUGAAGCACUUGAGCCUGGAAAAGUGGCUGAUUUCACUGUGUCCUAACUCUGAGCCAGUGUCGAUAUUUAAGAGGUAAUAUGUGCAAAUAAUAAUGCUGGAAUGUAACACUGUCUGGUGUAUUAAUGCUGGCUGUAGCUCAAGCGGCCUUAUAUUGUAAUUAGAAGAAUGAAUAUUUUUGUAUUUGUUGGCACCAGAGAAAUGAUCUGAAGACAGUGUAUCUGUUUUAUUGUCAAGAUAAGGUAAUAAAAUAUUCACCUGGA